UACCACCCACUGCAUUGACCAAACGGUGCGGACCAACAUUUCCAAGGGAAGCUGUGUUCACAACACCACAUGAGAACCAUGACAUGUACCUAAAAGCCCUUCUGGAAUACAGAAUUUGGUUUUUAUCCAGGGUUGUUGGAAGCAGUGCAGAUGAGCAGUCAGUUCCAGGAUUUGGUGGAUUCAUUUCGAGUACUGGAUUGCAGCCUUCACGGAAGUCUACCAUUGACUACUUUACACCCAUUGAUCAGCCAUUUACAGACUACGCUGUCAUUAAAGCGCUUCUUGAACAGUCGGAGCAGGCUACUAAAGAGGUUGGACAGAAGUAUGUUCUUUCAACGUUCGACCUAGGAGGAUGCAUGAAGGCACUCCCUUUGAUAUGGAAGUAUCCAGAACGGUACAAAUACCAUGUGAUCACGCCAGGAGCCUUCCACACCGCCAUGAACUACAUUGGCAUGGUCACCAAGAACAAGUGUGCCGGGUCAUGGUAUGGAGAGAUACUGAUCGAGGCUGGAUUAGUAACAAGUGGUUGCAUACAAAAUGUUUUGAGCGGGAAGGCAUACGCAAAGGCUCUGUUCUGCCUGAAGACCGUUACAGAGGCAAUGGAGAGGUUACUGUUCGAACGCUUUGCUGAAAACAUGGAAAGUGAAUUGAACCCAACUCUCUUAAUGAAACUGGUUACAAUUUCAAGCCGUGACACACUGAACAGUUUGCUUGACGACCAGUCUGUAACAGAUUUCAUUGAUCAGUACAUCAGCUUUGAAGAUUCCGUGCGACAUGGGGAACUAGGAAAAACUGCAAUGUUCUGGUUGAGUGUUGUUGACCAUGCCAGGCUUGUCCUCAUGCUACUGUAUGCUGUGAAAACAAACAACUUGGAUCUUUUCCACCAGUGUUAUGGUCAGAUGGCAGAGCUGUUCUUUGCAUAUGAUGGACCAAACUACUCAAGGUAUCUGACAUGGUUUGAGGUUUUUCUCACCAACAUAGAUCUUACUCAUCCUGGGGCAAAGGAACUACUACAGAAAGGGGGCAUUGCAGUGACGCGAUCACUAAUCCCAGGCUCGUGUAGUGCAGUCGACAAAACCAUGGAGGAAACGUUCAUGAAAUUCGCUAAAUCAGCAGGUGGAUUUACUGGUCUCUUCUCAAUGUUUGGGGCGUACCAGCGGUGGUGUAGGACAACCUCUACGCGAGUACGAUUUUAUGAGAAGAUGUUGGACAUGUGCGGUAUGGUGGAAGACGCAGAUGCACCAAAGGCUGGACGCCAUCGAGAGUUAGAACGGGCCGAAAUAAGGAAGUCUGAAGAGGCAGUUGUCAGUACCAUGACAGCUAUCUGCAAUUUCUCGAACCCGUUUAAGGCUACAAACAAAGAGCACUUGUACAGUUUGGCUUCUGGAGCUCCAGUUCCCCCUGAUGCUGAGCAAGAUGUUCUUCGGGCAGAGGUGGUGGGAAAGGAAGCCAAGCAAAGAUUCAUAGCCGAAAGACUUACACACGGAGCAUCGCCUAUCAAGUUCUUUGACCCGAUACCGAAGUCAAAAUUAAAGUCAAUGGAAGCUUCGAACAAGACAGUGAAACUUACUGCUCCCCAGGGAAAAGUGAUUCAGUAUCAAGAACAGAGCAACAUAGCAUUUAUGCUUUUGGUAAAAGCUCAAUCGUUGAACGAACAGUUGGACCUUGAAGACCUGAUGCGGUUUCCUUUGACUCCCGUACCUCAUAGCCUUGGUACACCUGAUGGGUUCUUUUGCAAGAGCAACAAGGCGGCUUUAAUGAAUGCCAUAUUGCAGGAUGUGCCACAAGCGACAACUCCUUCAGAAUCCACCAUUUACAUCCAAGAUGGUAAUGCUCUCUUUCAUGAGCUUACAAACCUUGCACCAACGUUUGGCGGAAUAUGUCUGCAGAUUCUGGACAUCAUGGUUGCAAGGAAGAACUUUAUUUUUUCGGCGGACAGCUACUUCCCGAACUCUAUAAAGGCACAGGAGAGAGUGCGCAGAGGCUGCAGUCGAAAAUUCAUCGUUGAUGGACCUGCAACCCGUAGACCAGCGGACUUUAAAGAAUUCCUAUCCAACGAUGACAAUAAGACACAAUUAUGCAAUCUUAUUCUGCGUGUUUGGGGCAGUGAGUCAGCAGCAUCCAGACUAGAUCGAUGUGGAACAGCAGUGGUGGUCGUUGGUGGAAGGGCUUACCAGUUAAAAAAGACAAAUGGUGAUGUGAGAACGGAGGAGAUCUUCAGUUUAGUGUCCAACCAAGAAGAGACAGAUACCAGAGUAGUUUUGUACAUGCACUACGCAUCAACGAUUGGCUACCAGUCAGCUAUUGUGCGUACACCCGACUCUGACUUAUUCUUCAUUACCUUGUUCCAUGCACAGUCUGUACCACUGACAGUUUAUCUCGACGUUGGUACAGGAAAACAGAGACAGGUGGUGAAUAUUAGUGAGCUGGCAGACUCACAAGGUGCUGAAUACAGUGAGACUCUACUAGGACUGCAUGUGUUCACCGGUGAAGAUGUCACAAGUGCAUUUAAGGGCAAGGGAAAGGUCACACCGCUCAGAAAGCUGCAGAGUAAUCCUAAAUACCACAAAACUUUCAGGAUGCUGGGUGAUACUUGGACAGUUGAAGAAGAUGUUAUGCAGAUGUUAGAAGCGUUUGUCUGUGUGAUGUAUGGGUGUCCAAGGGAGAGGUCUGUGAACACAUGUAGGGCAGUUCUUUUGAAGAAAAUGGUAGGAGACGACGAACAGCUGACCAUGAAGUCAAAGGUGGAAUUAUCCAAACUGCCACCUUGCCAGGAUAAUUUAUGCCAACACAUCAGAAGAGUCAACCAUCGUCUCGGCAUCUUGAAAAAUGCUCAUACACCAGUGAUAGAACAUCCGGAACCACAUGAUGAAGGGCAAGGGUGGACCAAAAAGAACGAAGUGUUAGAACCAUUGUGGGCUGAGGGUCCCAUUCUUCCACCAACGUUAGUUGACCUAGUCGAAAAUGUUCAAGCAGAGAUGGAAGAAGAAGAUGAUGAUGGUUGUCUAGAAAUUUCAGUGUCAGAUGAUGAUGAGUGA